AUGGGGCGUUUCUUUCCCAAUGAGCUGAGGGAGGCGAAGUCAAAUGGACCUGCUCCAUCAUCUGCUAGUGCACCUGCACCAAAGAACAGAGGAGCAUGUCGUGAUAUCUCCACUAGUUGCUUCAAGUGUGGUCAAAAUGGUCAAUUCAUAAGAGAGUGUCGUAAGAACAGGCAGGGUAGUGGUAAUGGGAGAAAUAGAGCCCAAUCUUCUUCAGUGGCUCCGCCAGACAGAGUUGCACCUAGAGAAGCUACUUUAGGGACAGACAGAGAAGCAAACCGUCUAUAUGCUAUCACUAGUCACGAAGAGCAAGAUAAUUCACCUGAUAUUGUCAUUGGUAUGAUCAAAGUUUUUACUUUUGAUGUAGAUGCAUUGCUUGAUCCAGGUGCGAGUCUAUCUUUUGUUACUCCAUAUAUUGCUAUGAGGUUCGAUAUAAUUCCUGAACAACUUCUUGCGCCCUUCGGUGUUUCCACACCUGUUGGACUUGACCCACGACCCUGCCCCACGGGACAUGAGUUCCCAUCGUGGGUCACUGCCAUGGGGCAGAUUUUGGGGUAA